GCCUCGCUGGCACCGCCCCGAGAGCUUAAAGUGGGGCGCGGCGGGCGGGACCAAGGCAACGCCGCCGAGGACCCGAGCGCUGCCGCCUGUCCGCCCGCCGCCAUGGCCCUGCUCCGAGGUGUGUUCAUCGUUGCUGCUAAGCGGACCCCCUUUGGAACUUAUGGAGGUCUUCUGAAAGACUUCACACCUACUGACAUGGCUGAGUUUGCUGCCAGGGCUGCCUUGUCUGCUGGCAAAGUCUUACCUGAAACUGUUGACAGUGUCGUUGUAGGCAAUGUCAUACAGAGUUCUUCAGAUGCUAUAUACUUGGCAAGACAUGUUGGUUUGCGUGUGGGAAUCCCAAAAGAGACCCCAGCUAUCACUGUUAACAGGCUCUGUGGCUCUGGUUUCCAGUCCAUUGUGAGUGGAUGUCAGGAAAUUUGUUCUAGAGACUCUGAAGUUGUCCUGUGUGGAGGAACUGAAAGCAUGAGCCAAGCUCCCUACUGUGUCAGAAAUAUUCGUUUUGGAACUAAGCUUGGAUCAGAGCUCAAGCUGGAAGACACUCUGUGGACAGGAUUAACAGAUUCGCAUAUCCAAAUGCCGAUGGCAAUUACUGCAGAGAAUCUUGCUGUAAAACAUCAAAUAAGCAGAGAAGAUUGUGACAGAUACGCCCUGCAGUCACAGCAGAGGUGGAAAGCUGCUAAUGAUGCUGGCUACUUUGAUAAUGAGAUGGCACCAAUUGAGGUGAAGACAAGGAAAGGAAAACAGACAAUGCAAGUAGAUGAACAUCCUCGGCCCCAAACAACCAUGGAGCAGUUGAAUAAACUUCCUCCAGUGUUCAAGAAAGAAGGAACCGUUACUGCAGGGAAUGCGUCGGGGGUUUCUGAUGGUGCUGGAGCUGUUAUCAUAGCUAGUGAAGAUGCUGUUAAAAAACAUAACUUCACACCACUGGCAAGAAUUGUGGGAUAUUUUGUGUCUGGAUGUGAUCCCACUAUCAUGGGUAUUGGUCCUGUCCCUGCUAUCAGUGGAGCACUGAAGAAAACAGGGCUGAGUCUUAAGGAUAUGGAUUUGGUAGAAGUGAAUGAAGCUUUUGCUCCUCAGUACUUGGCAGUUGAAAAGAGUUUGAAUCUUGACCCAAGUAAGACCAAUGUGAAUGGAGGAGCCAUUGCUUUGGGUCACCCAUUAGCAGGAUCUGGGUCAAGAAUUACCGCACACCUGGUUCAUGAAUUAAGGCGUCGGGGUGGAAAAUACGCUGUAGGAUCAGCCUGCAUUGGAGGUGGCCAAGGAAUUGCAGUCAUCAUUGAGAACACAGCCUGAGGAGAGCAGGCAGCCUGCCCUGGUCCAUGCUCACGUGACUUGACUAGGCCACAGUAAACCAGGUGACCUUCAGAGCAGAUGCAAAGCCAGCCAUGCUCUGCACUGAGAGUGACUAGGUUUGGGUAAGGGAUGGUGAAGCAAAGACCCGUUUAUCAUAAACAAGAGCCUGUGCCAGAAUAAAUUCUCUCAAAUUUGUACCUAAUAUGCAGCAUUUCUGAACUGAAAUCCAACUAAUGUAGGCUUUAAAGGGAACUGUAUUCUUGCCGAAUAACCAUCACGUAUGCCUUAAAUAAUAUGAUUGCAGGGAAAUUGAAUAAAUACUGCCUUAACUUCA